CAUUCCCAACCCUCUCUCCCGGUUUUCCCCCCGCUCCAGGCCCCGAUCCCAAGAUGGGGGAGGUCUGUGCCGGCUGCGAUUCCCGGAUUUCCGACCGGUUCCUGCUGCGGGUGAACGAGCGCUCGUGGCACGAGGGGUGUGUGAAGUGCUCCGUGUGCCUCCAGGGCCUCUCCGGGAGCUGCUAUUCCCGGGAUCGCCGCCUCUACUGCAAGCACGACUACGACAAGCUGUUCCAGACCAAGUGCAGCAGCUGCCUGAAGGCCAUCGGGCCCUCGGAGCUCAUCAUGCGGGUGCUGGAGAACGUCUACCACGUGCAGUGCUUCUCGUGCUGCGAGUGCGAGCGGCGGCUGCAGCGCGGGGACGAGUUCGUGCUCAAGGAGGGGCAGCUGCUCUGCCGCUCCGACUACGAGAAGGAGAAGGAGAUGCUCAGCGCCAUCAGCCCCGCGCCCACCGAGUCCGUGAAAAGCGAGGAUGAGGACGGCGCCCACUCCCACGGCAAAGGCGGCGACGACGGCAAAGACCACAAGCGCUCCAAGCGGCCGCGCACCAUCCUGACCACCCAACAGCGCCGCGCCUUCAAGGCCUCCUUCGAGGUGUCCUCCAAGCCCUGCAGAAAGGUGAGGGAGACGCUGGCGGCGGAGACGGGAUUGACCGUGCGGGUGGUCCAGGUGUGGUUCCAGAACCAACGGGCCAAGAUGAAGAAAAUCGCCCGGAGGCAGCAGCAGCAGCAGCAGCAGCAGGAGCAGGAGCAGCUCGGGAAUGCCCGGCUGGGAAGCGGGAGAGGGACCGGGAGGAGCAGCCGGCAGAGCAACGACGACAGUGAAGACGCCGCGAGCGUGCCCGGCCUCGAGGGGCUCCUGGCGCCGUAUUCCCGCCUCCCGCCGCAGCCGCUCCUGCCCCUGGAGCACAACGGGCUGAGCCCGGAGCUCUUCCGGCCGGGAAUGACCCCCCCCCAGCUCCCCCCGGAACACCUGCACCCCUACGACUCGGAGGGAGUUUUCCACGACCUGGACAGCGACAGCCUGGGCCCCCUGGGCGACUGCCUCCUGUCCGGGGCCGAUCCCAGCCUGCUCCAGGCCCGGCUCGGGAAUCCCAUCGACCGCCUGUAUUCCAUGCAGAGCUCCUACUUCACCUCCUGACCCUGGGAAAGCCCUUCCCAGGAACCUCGGGAAUGCUGCUCCCGCCCCCGAGCCGGGCGAGGGGACGGGGCGGGACUGAGACCCUCGGGAUUGUCCUCCCCGGAGGAGCCGACGGAUGGAUCCGACCGCUCCCGGUGUUUUCCGUCGGGAUGGGCAUUCCCGGCUGGAACCUGGUGGGAAUCUCCCCGUUGUUUUCUAUCCCGAGUGGGAAUUUUCCGGCGUUUUCUCUCGGGUGAGGGAAUUUCUGGCCGGAAUCUGUCGGGACUGGGAAUUCCAGGCUGGACUCCUGAGUGAAUCUUCCAGCAUUUUCCAUUGGGACCAGGAAUUUCUAGCCAGAAUCCAUCAAUAUUUGGGAUUUCCCCUCAUUUUCUAUCAGGUCCGGGAAUUUCAGGCCAGAAUCCAUCAAUAUUUGGCUUUUCCUGGCAUUUUCCAGCAUUUUCCAUCAGGAGCUGCAAUCCCUGCCUGAAAUCCAGACUGAACCUUCCAACAUUUUCCAUCAGGACCAGGAAUUUCGGGCCAGGAUCCAUCAGCACGGGGAAUUUGGGGGCGGAAUCCGCCGAUAUUUGGGAUUUUGAGGCCGAAUCCCUCGGGAUUCCCCCCCCUGUGCCCAUCCCAAGCUGUCUCCCAGUAUUCCCAGCACAACUCCAAGCCCUAAUCCAGCUGGAAAGGCUCUGGAUCUCCUCCCUCCCGGGUUCUGCCCACGAUUCCAUCACUGGGAUGGUGUUUUUAGCCCAGUUUUUUUCGGGAAUGACCCGGGAUCUCCCCAGAACGUCAUCAAGGACGGUUGGAAUUCCUGGAAAAGUUUUCCCAGGAGCUGUUCCAGCCGAAGGAAUAAAAUCCUCCAGGAUGAAAACCUCCCCCAGCUCUCCGACCGUUCCAAGGAGGAAAUAUUCCUGGAAAGGAAUUCCCAAGACUGUUCCAAGGAAGAGAAUAAUGACUUACUUUGGG